GCACCGACAGUAGAUAAUGUUAAACUUCUGAAGAUGGCCCUUGACUUGAUCCAGAAAAAAGGUUUUAAUAUGACCAAGAAGGCGAUGAAGUUUAGCUUCAAUCCAGGAAUGACACAAUGCACACGAAGAUGACAACCCCAUCAUCCUCGUUUACUCAUUCGAUCAAGUCAUUCACAGUGUGGACUUGAAAGGCAUGGAGAUGCAGCAUUCUGCUGAUGGAGGUCAAGUUGUGUUGGAAGUCGGAAGGGAUCACAAGAGAAAUGAACCAACAGGCUCAGACUCUUCAGCUGGCCACACCCUCAUCAAGAGAAAAUCACUCAGUAGGUCAGUUCUUUCCAAACCCAAGUCGAGAUUCGGUGAAACAUUACCAAUUAUGCAUGAAGAGAGUAGGGAGGAGUCCCCUAAUGGCAUUUCAUUGGUUAGGACUAAGUCUUCCUCCUCUGCGAGGAUUGCAUCGCCGCCGUUGACUCCAGGCAGAACGAAAGAUGAGGAGGAGGAGGAUGAAGAGAUAUACAACAAGGUUAGAUUGAGUAGAACUAAGCGUAGCAAAGUGAACAAGAAGGUCUUGGUUGAGUUUCUUGUUUUUCUGUGCAUUUUGAGUUGUUUACUGGCUAGCUUGACUGUUCAUGAACUAAGGCAUUCUUUGGUUUUGGGGUUGAAAAUUUGGAGAUGGUGUGUGCUUGUCAUGGUAGUAUUGUGUGGCAUGUUGAUGACAGGUUGGGUUACGAAUUUCCUCGUUUUUGUGAUCGAGCGCAACUAUUUGCUUAGGAAGAAAGUGUUGUAUUUUGUUUAUGGAUUGAAGACGAGUUUUCAGAUUCUCUUGUGGUGGACUCUGGUUCUUCUCACAUGGCUACUCUUGAUCAGACGGGGGUUCAGACGGGGGCUUCAGCAAUCACAAAUCUCUGAUCAGAUUGUCACUUACAUCACUCGAAGUAUUAUUGCACUUGUUAUUGGGGCAUUUUUGUGGCUGCUGAAGACUUUAUUUGUUAAGAUCAUAUCAUCUAAAUUCCAUGUGAUCUGGUACUUUGAUAGAAUUCAAGAAUCAUUAUUCCAUCAGUAUGUACUUUCAGUAAUUUCAGGACCUCCACUAAUGAAGGAAGCUUAUAAACUAUCACAAAGCAGUGGCAAACUGAGUUUCAGAGGGACUAAAGAGGCAGACGCAGAAGGGAAGGAGAAAGAGGUCGUUGACAUGGCAAAGGUUAAAGAACAUGGAGCGAUGAUGGAUUUCUUGGUAAAUAUAGUAACUAAUUCAGCUUUAUCCACGGUUUCUCAAAAAAUGGAAGAUCUGGGUGAUGAAGAGGGAGAAAAUGAGAUUACCAGCGAGGCAGAAGCAACUGCCGCUGCCUAUGACAUAUUCCUUAACGUUGCUCGACAUGGUGCCAAGUACAUUGAGAAGGAAGAUCUGUUGAGGUUCAUGACAAAGGGAGAGGUAGAUGUUGUAUGGCCGUUUUUUGACGUCGCAAUGACCGGACAAGUUGACAGAAAAUUUCUAACAGACUGGGUGGUGAAGGUCUACACUGCUCGCAAAGCAUUAGCUCAUGCACUGGCUGAUACCAAGAUAGUUACAGCGCAAGUCGACAAUCUUGUGACUAGCAUUGUGCUUAUUAUCAUCAUCGUCGUCAGCCUUCUAGUUGUGGAGGUUGCAACCACAAGCUUUUUUGUCUUCCUAUCAUCACAGCUCGUAUUAGCGGCUUUUGCUUUCGGAAACACUUGCAAGAAUGUAUUUGAAUCUAUCAUGUUUCUAUAUGUGGCACAUCCAUAUGAUGUUGGAGACUGCAUCGUUUUUGAAGGCGUUCCGAUGAUAGUUGAGGAGAUGAACAUCUUUACUACUGUUUUCUUGAAACUCAGUAAUAACGAGAAGGUGUAUUAUCCAAAUUCAGUUUUAUCUGCAACAUCGAUCAGCAAUUACUCCAGAAGUCCAGAUAUGAAAGAUGUAGUGGAGUUCUCAAUUGCCUUAACACCAGUGGAGAAGAUAACCCAGUUGAAAGAGAAAGUAAAGGAAUACAUCGAAGGGAAGCCUCAAUAUUGGUAUCGAAAACACAAUGUGGCGGUUAUUGACAUACAAGAUGUUGAUAAGUUAAAGAUGGCCGUAUAUUGUCAACACAAAAUGAACUUUACAGAUUUUGAGGAGAAGAAUUUGCGUAGAGCUGAGUUAAACUUCGAAUUGCUGAAAAUUCUUGAAGAGCUUAACAUCACAGUAAUAUCAGCUGUCCUCCCAAAUAGUGAAUCUCACUCAAACUAAAUAAUAUGCAAUUAAUUAAUUAGCACUUAUUUUGCUUCUUCAAGGAGGUCCAAGUCAACCUGAUGUUCGGUUAGAAACUCAGUUCAAUACUUUCAUCAACCUCUAAACGAAUGAGGCUAGGUAAUUGAUCAGGUCUGUAUGCUAUGCUGUACUAGCUAGUCACUGCUAUUGCUACAUUCAUUCUGUAAAACCUCAAGGGUGUGCUAAUAAUCCAUGGCUGUUGUUCAUACUUAAUUUUCUGAUAUAGUGUUCGAAUCUAUUGUCA